AUGGCCCAGCCAGAGGCUACGGAACCAUGGGAGAAGACUGCUGGAGAAAGUCCUCCAGUCGUACAGCAGCAGACUGCGAUCAGAUAUACACCAGAAAUAGCGCCAAUCUCCCCGGAAGCAGGAGUUGCAGCGAAAGGUUUGCAGCUCCAAAAGAACGAAUCAGCCAGUGAUUCGACUUCUCCAGCACUUCUCCAGGUGGUUACAACAGCCCCACCCCCAGAGGCGUUACCUAACCCAAGAAGCUGCGUAACCUGUCGCCGCAGAAAGGUCCGCUGCAACAAACAACAUCCAUGCUCCAACUGUUUUAAGGCAAAAAUCGAGUGUGUGUAUCCUAACCCUGGGAGAGCCGCAAGAAAGCCGAAAAAGCCACGUGAUACAGAGCUGCUCACACGCCUACGAACAUUGGAAAAUAUUGUAAAGAAUCUUGGAGGGCCAGAAGCAAUAAAUGGAAAUUCAUCAUUACCAUUGGAAAAGCCCACCCUAGAUCAGGACACCGUUUUUGGAGAGCAAACAAAGGAUGAAAAGUACACGGAUGUAAUGCAACAGGAUGUUGCUAUCAAAAGCGAAGCCCCUGAUUUGAAUGAGAUUGAAGAAAAUAUGGGCAAAUUAAUGGUUGAAGAUGGAGGUAGCCAAUACGUUAGCCAUCGAUUUUGGAGCAGCUUUGGAAAAACUGUGGACGAUUUGAAAAGUAUACUUGAUCCUCUUUCAUCGGAUGAUGAAGAUGGUAUGGUUGAAGAGCCCGCCUUUGAUGAAACGUACGGCGUGAAUCAUGACGGAUUCUUAUUCGGGUUUUCAUCACUCACCCAAAGCCUUCGUCAUUUCCAUCCUCCACCUGACCAAGUGGAUAUUCUUUGGGAGACUUACAUUCAAAAUAUAGCUCCUAUGGUCCCUAUUUUUCAUACUCCUACCUUAAAGCCUCUGCUUUAUCAUGGUGCUAAUAACCUCGAUUUGUUGGAUAAAAACACAGAGGUAAUGAUGCUAACUAUAUACUACACAAGCGCUGCGUCAAUGAGUGCUGGCGAAUGUCUCUCUCGCCUAGGGGAGACCCGAGAUAUUGUCCUAGGCCGCUAUCGUUUUGCCGUUGAGCAGGCACUAGGUCGAGCAAAAAUCCUGCACUCCAGGAGUUUCACCCUGCUUCAAGGGCUAGUUUUGUUCUUGUUAUGUGUGAGACAACACGACGAUACUCGUUACGUCUGGUCAAUGAUAUCAAUUGCCUAUCGUAUUGCCCAGGGGCUAGGCCUUCAGCGCGAUGGAACCCAUUUCAAUCUACCACCCUUUGAAACCGAGAUGCGCAGACGUUUAUGGUGGCAUAUUUGCAUCCUUGAUUUUCGGGCAGCUGAAGACUAUGGCUGUGAUCCAUUUAUUUAUGAAUCUUCAUAUGACACUCACUUGCCCUUGAAUAUCAACGAUGACGAUAUUUCCCAAGAUUCUGUUGAAUUCCCCAAAGAGAGAGAAGGUUGCGUGGAAACUUCAUUCUUUCUAAUUCGGUGCGAGAUCGCUGUUGUUAACAAGAGGCUGAGCUUUAUCCCACCCAACUCUUCUUGCAGGUUACUUGGUUCUCGCUACUCUAUGGCGGAGAGAGAAGAAAUAAUUGAAAAGCUCGGUUCUAAUCUUGAGACACGAUUUGUUCGGCACUGUGAUAUGACCAUUCCUAUUCACUGGGUCUGCGCCACUGUUUCCCGGCUAGUAAUUGCAAAAUUAUGGCUCAUGAUACACCAACCAAUGGUUCAGCAAUCCCAACGCAAACCCAUAGCCAAAGAGACCCAUGACCGGCUUAUGAUGACGUCCGUGGAAAUCCUUGAAUUUUCUCGACUUUUGGAAACGAAUGUCAAUACCGCAAAGUGGGGUUGGCUUUUUAGGACGCACAUGCAAUGGCAUGCGGUUGCGUUCCUCCUGUCCGAGUUGUGCGUCCGGCCAUUGUGCCCUGGGGUUGACCGUGCAUGGAGAGCAAUCAAUUCGGUCUACAAGGCUUGGAAUAUGCACUCUGAGACAAAGAAUGGGAUGCUCUGGCCAGCCAUUCGCAAGUUGAUGGCACGAGCGGUGAAAUUCCGCGAAAAGCAACUUCACCAACUUUCUAUGCAGCGUGGGAAACAAGACUUUGAUGUCCCAGCCUCGUGUGCAGCGACUCCAUCCACCGACCCUUCUAGUACAUACUUGACCUCCUCAUCCUCACCACCGCAAUACCUGCGUGAACCAACCAGCUAUUCCCAUUUAAACUCAGACAUGCACAUCGACAACGCUGUUCUUGAGCAGAACUAUAACUUUAAUGUCAUACCACAAUUGGGCACUGCUUUGGAAGGCCAGUGGGCAGAUCCGACGGCGAUCACGCAGCCUGAAACGAGCAUCUUGUCAUCUGCUUCCCCUUCUUGGUCGGACUGGGACCAAUUGGUCCGUGAAUUCCAGCUGGAUGUCGCCCAAGGGGGCCAAGCGAAUACUUCUACCCUCACCGGGGAGGUAGUGAUCCCCGAUUGGUUUGAAUAA